AUGGAUAACCACCAUGGUGAUAUAAAGAAGCUACCACAAAGAAUCGAGAUAUUGACGAGCAAAGGAGAAUUGAGUGAUGUGAGAGGUACAAUAAAGUACAGCGGUUUAGUAGACGGUGCAGAAGGGGAUUGGUUCGGUAUAGAAUGGGAUGAUAUCAGUCGAGGUAAACACAGCGGCGAGAAAGAAGGAAAGCAAUAUUUUGAAACGAUAUUUCCAAACUCUGCUACAUUUGUCAGGCCAUCGAAGAAGAUAUACACAGGACAAUCAUUUCUCAAAGCAUUCAGGAGUAGAUAUGGUUAUAGUGACAGUGCCUUAGAAUUUGCACCCAAUAUUGAUCGUAUAACCAAGAAACUGAGUCAAACUGACCAACUGAAGAUCGCUAGUGUUGACCACAUGGGUGUGUACGGUGUAGAUGACCUGGAGAAAGAGAACACAAAGCAGGAAGCUAAAAGUAUACGACAACUCUCCGUUGCACAUUCGCUGAUAUCGGAUAUGGAGGACGUCGAUAAACUUGUUGCAUGCUUGCCAAACCUUCAAGAUCUAGAUUUGAGCUCAAAUAGGAUUCGUAUUACGAAUGAUGACUACUCACACAUAUGUCAAUUAAAGUCAAUGAAGCUUAACAAUACGCUUAUAAAGUACCAGCAGAUAACUCAAAUGCACCACUCAUUAUCUUCUUUAGAAGAACUUGAGCUAGCAUACAAUAAUAUCACAUCAUUGCCAGCUUCCUAUACUCUUGGUAACCUUCAAAUCUUAAGCUUAGCUCACAAUAACAUCAACGAGUGGAAUGAGAUCGAGGGUAUACUCAUAAAUUUACCAAAUUUACAAACUCUCAAACUAAAUCAUAAUAAAAUUGGUAGAAUAUCAUAUCCCACCUCAAAUACAGCGAAUAGCCGUCUUAAAACACUUAUACUUUCACACAAUGGCAUUGAUAAUUGGAAGUCGAUUGAUGCUUUAUCAUUAAGGUUCACUCAGUUAGAAUCACUAUCUUUAACUGAUUGCCCUCUUAUGAGCACUCAAUGUGAUGUUGGAAUAUUGAGGCAAAGUGUUAUUGCGAGGUUUGAAAAGCUAGAAACACUCAAUUUGAGCGAAGUCUCCAUAGACGAGAGGAAAGACGCAGAGUAUUUCUACAUACGGAAUCCCCCAACUGAGGAAGAUCCAAAACGUGCGAGGUAUCAUUCUUUAUGCCAGAAAUAUGACUAUCAGCCGAGUGUUCAACCUGCCAAGAAGCUAACGCAUCUUCAACUAAAGAAGCUGAGUAUUGAUAUUCGCAUGGAUAGCAAGACAUACCCACUCACGACAAUAUCUUCAAUCACAAUCAAGAAGCUGCGACUUAUUAUAAAAAGAUUGUUUGAUUUGCCGAGCUCCGAUUUUAAACUUAUUGCGUCAAUGAUACCACCGCCGAAUAUGUUCGGAGUAGUUGACGAAGAGAGAACAGAAGUAGUCUUGGACGACGAUUACAAAGAUCUACGAUGGUUUAGCGUUGAAAAUGGCGAUCAUAUUGUUGUACACUCCGAUAAAUAG